GAAGGUAAAAGUAAGAAGUUUAGUACAUCGCACUCUUGCUCUUGGCGCCAAUUUUCGUUGCUGCACUCGCUUCUCUUCUCUCGCUGUCUCAAACCCUAGCUCUUGCUGCAUCUUUCCACUGCAGAAAUCGGAAGGCAAAAGCUUCACCCUAAUCUCCAUUCAUAAACUCAAACAUCUCCGAUGGCCGACCGUCGCCCUAGUAAACGCCCCAAAAUCAGCAGAGGGGAGGACGACUAUAUGCCGGGAAAUAUCGUUGAGAUUGAACUUCAUAACUUCAUGACCUUCGAUAUAUUGACGUGCAAACCGGGACCGCGUCUAAAUCUUGUAGUUGGACCGAAUGGUUCAGGUAAAAGCUCUAUUGUUUGUGCUAUAGCGCUUGGACUUGGUGGCGAACCGCAGCUGCUCGGAAGAGCUUCAAGCAUUGCAGCAUUUGUAAAGCGAGGUGAAGAGUCUGGUUAUAUUAAGAUUUCUUUGAGGGGGGAUACUAAGGAGGAGCACCUGAAUAUUAUGCGUAAAAUUGAUACGCGUAAUAAAUCUGAGUGGCUAUUCAAUGGAAAAGUAGUGCCAAAAAAGGAUGUUGUUGAAGUAAUUCAAAGAUUCAAUAUCCAAGUUAACAAUUUGACUCAAUUUUUACCACAAGACAGGGUUUGUGAGUUUGCUAAGUUAACGCCAGUUCAACUUCUUGAAGAGACGGAAAAGGCUGUGGGUGAUCCACAACUGCCAGUCCAGCACCGUGCGCUAGUUGACAAAAGUGGUGAAUUGAAGAAGCUUGAAAGAAACAUCCAGAGAAAUGGAGAAUAUUUGAAUCAGCUGAGGUUACUUAAUUCUGAGCAAGAAAGGGAUGUUGAGCGUGUUCGUCAAAGAGAAGAACUACUAGAAAAGGCUGAGUCUAUGAAGAAGAAAUUGCCUUGGCUGAAAUAUGAUGCAAAGAGAGCUGAAUUAAGGGAAGCUAAAGAGCAGGAGAAGGAUGCUAAGAAGAAGUUGGAUGAAGCUGGUAAAAGUUUGGAUGAUGCUAGAGAACCCAUUAAGAAAGAACGGGCGGUGAAAGCAGCUGAGGAUGCUAAAUGCAAAAAAAUAAGCAGUCUAUUGGAUGGCAAUGCCAAGAAACGUAUGCAACUUGUGGAAAAUGAAAACUCUUUGGGCGCACAGGUUCGCAGUAAAUACAGCGAAAUGGAAGAGUUGAAGAGACAGGAAGAGUCUCGUCAACAAAGAAUCUUAAGAGCAAAAGAAGAGCUUAUUUCUGCAGAAGUGGAGCUCGCAAAUCUGCCUCCAUAUGAGACUCCAAAGAACGAACUUGAAAAAUUAGGUGCUCAAAUUAUGGAGCUGGAAGAGAUCGCAAGGGAGAAGAGGCACCAAAAGGCAGAAAAGGAAAGGCUUCUGUCUCAUAAUAAUGGAAUCUUAAGACAGAGCGUUGACAGGUUGGGGGAUAUGGAGAAUACAAAUAAUAAGCUUUUACAUGCUCUGCGGAAGUCUGGUGCUGAAAAGAUUCUGGACGCUUACCGCUGGGUGCAAGAACACCGCAAUGAGUUUAAUAAGGAGGUGUAUGGCCCAGUGUUGCUUGAGGUUAAAGUCUCAAAUCGGGUUCAUGCAGACUACUUAGAAGGUCAUAUUGCUUAUUAUAUCUGGAAGUCUUUCAUAACACAAGAUGCCGGGGAUCGUGACACCUUGGUCAAAUACCUUGGAUCAUUAGAUGUUCCAGUAAUAAAUCACGUGGGAGAUGGAAACCGCGAGGAACAGCCCUUUCAUGUGUCUGAGGAGAUGCGUGCCCUUGGCAUCUAUUCUAGGCUGGACCAGGUUUUUGAUGCUCCUGUAGCUGUGAAAGAAGUAUUGAUCGGCCAAUUUGGGCUGGAAUAUUCUUACAUUGGUUCCAAGGAGACUGAUCAAAGAGCUGAUGAGAUCCAAAGAUUGGGAAUUUUUGAUUUUUGGACACCUGAAAAUCAUUAUAGAUGGUCUAAAUCUAGAUAUGGUGGUCAUAUUUCAGCCCUUGUGGAACCUGUGGCUCAUUCUCAGCUCCUUUUGUGCAAUCAGGAUGUGGGGGAGCUGGAGAGGCUUAGGUCCAGGAAAAUGGAACUUGAAGAAACUAUUAUGCAUAUCAACGAAAGUUUGAAGUCUCUUCAGAUAGAGCUAAGACAGGCAGAGGAUGAAGCAGCCAAACUUCAACGGCAGCGGGAGGAGAUUAUUAGCUCUGUACAACUUGAGAAAAGAAAGCGGCGUGAAAUGGAAAACCGUAUCAAUCAAAGAAAGAUAAAAUUGAAAUCGAUGGAACAGGAGGGUGACUUGGACACCGUCCUUGCGAACCUGCUUGACAAUGCUGUGAAGUUAAACAUUCGGCGGUUUGAAUGUGCAAUUGAAAUUAAGAAUUUAAUCAUUGAAGCUGUUGCUUACAGAAGAAGUUUUGCUGAAAGAAAGAUAGCUUCCAUUGAACUUGAAGCAAAGAUUCGGGAAAUGGAAGGCAGUGCCAAACAGCAAGAGAAAUUCGUCCUGCAAGCAUCUGCACAUUUAAAAUAUUGUGAGGAGGAAGUUGAGAGUUUUAACCAACAAGUGGCAGCUGCAAAAAGACAUGCAAAAUCUGUUGCCAUUCUCACUCCAGAACUUGGACAAUCAUUUAUUGAGAUGCCUACUACUAUUGAGGAGUUGGAGGGUUUGAUUGAAGAUACUAUUGCUCAAGCUAAUUCUAUAAUGUUUCUAAACCACAACAUUCUGGAAGAAUAUGAAAGCCGUAGGAAAAAGGUAGAAGAACUUUCGAGGAAACAGGAAAUAGAUGAGAAGGAAUUUAGUUCGCAAUUGGAUGAAAUAAAUGCUUUAAAGGAAAGUUGGCUUCCAACAUUGAGAAGCCUUGUUACUCAGAUAAAUGAGACGUUCAGUCAUAAUUUCCAAGAGAUGGCCGUUGCAGGAGAAGUUUCAUUAGAUGAGCAUGACAUGGACUUCGAUAAAUAUGGGGUACAUAUAAAAGUAAAGUUCAGGCAAGCAGGACAACUUCAAGUACUCAGUGCCCACCAUCAGUCUGGAGGGGAGCGUUCAGUUUCAACCAUUCUUUAUCUUGUUUCUCUGCAAGACCUAACAAACUGCCCAUUUAGGGUGGUGGAUGAGAUAAAUCAAGGAAUGGACCCCAUAAAUGAAAGAAAGAUGUUUCAGCAAUUAGUCAGAGCUGCCAGCCAAUCAAACACACCACAGUGUUUCUUACUUACACCAAAGCUGUUGCCAAAUCUGGAAUACAGUGAGGCAUGUAGCAUUCUGACAGUUAUGAACGGUCCUUGGAUUGAGGAGUCAUCUAAAGUCUGGAGCAGCGGAGAGUGCUGGGGUUCCGUCAUUGGGUUAAUGGGCACAAGCCUUUGAUGAAAACUGCUCAUAUUUGUUUAUAUUUUGUUUUGUUCUUGCUGUGGAUUUGUAAAUGUAUUUGUACCCAGCCUAGUACACGAGGCUCCCACCAGCACAGGUUUGGUGAGAAUCGUAUAUAUGUAACUUGUGACCCUGUGACUAGGGUGCCCUUAGUUAUGUUAACCUUUUGUUCUUUUUGGUAUUUUACGCUAUAAGAGUUAUUUAAACGAGAAUAAUUUUGGUCUCGAAAUUGAUGUAAACUCAGAUUGAGGGUUCGAAUGUGACAACAGUUAGUGCAUUUAAUGUCAACGGUUAGGUUUGUACCCA